AUGCGCUUCUCUCUCGUUGUGCCCUUUGCGGCCGCCGUCCUCGCCCUGGACAUUCGCAGCCUGGACAAGCGCUCCGAGGCGCCAGGUAUCCCCCAGGCGAUCCGGGGCCAGUUCACCGUCAUCAAGACCAUCCCCCGGCGAAGCGAGGGCCUCUGCAAGUUCGUCAUUGACGUGAUUGGCAAGCCCGAAGACGCCACGCCCGCCAUGUCGUGCUGGGCCGGCGGCGAGCAGAUGCUCCGAAACAUGCCCCGCAGCACCGCGGGCAUACUCGCCGCCCGCCUCGCCGUCGAGUACGACGAGGCUUGCCAUCUCGACGAGAACUCCAGCUACACCACCGCCGACGGCUCGGCCACUUUUCCCGUGUUCAGCCCCGGCGAUGCUUCCGACGUGAGCAGCGUGGUUCUGGGACAAAAGCGAGAAUACUUCUUCCUUGACUGCGGCGCCGUCUUUGUCAGCCAGCCCGGCUACGGCAGCUCCGGUUCGAGCGUGGCGGCCCAGGUCAAGAUGAUUCGCGACUCGCGCGGCCUCAUGCCUAUUCUGGCCGAGAGCUUCCCCAAAGAGUUCUUUGCCAAGACCAGCAAGGGUCCCUUUAGCGCCACAGCGCCUCCUCCGUGGCUCGAGGAUGCCCAGUCAGGCAUUUAA